AUGGGGCCGGGAAGGAAAGACUUUGGGGAGAGGACUGAUGCCAGCAGGCUGCCUCACAGGGAAGUGGAAACACGUGGGCCUGCUAUUAGCAUCCUGAUCGGCUUUUGGAUGAGUGUCAUCUGUGACACCUACAUAGUCCUCACUUGGAACAAGAGGAUUCAAUGCGGCCCUGAUGCGAGCGCCUCUUCUGUUAACACACCCAGCAUACAGCGGAACAGAAGGCAAAGCUGCACAAAAGAGGACCAGAAUCAGGUGCCAGAAGCAGAUGACGUCCAGACUUUCAGCUCUUUGGAUGCAGCUAUUUCAAUAAAGUCACUUUUUGUGCAGCUAUUUUAA